UCUGCUGGGGUCUGGAGUGGAACUACAUAAAUCACACCAUCCCUGUAUGACUGGACUCUAAAGCAGAACCAAGGAUACAAAGAGUCUUCAUGUCUAAUAUUUAGACAUGUUCAGCUUUGUGGAUUCCCGGUUACUGCUUUUGAUAGCAGCAACUGUUCUACUCACCAAAGGCCAAGGCGAAGAAGACAUUCCAUCUGUGACCUGCAUACAGGAUGGAGUAACGUACAACGACAAAGAUGUUUGGAAACCUGGAGACUGCCAGAUAUGUGUGUGCGACGACGGCAACAUCCUUUGCGAUGAAGUGAUUUGUGAAGAUACAGCCGACUGUCCCAACGCUGAGAUCCCCUUUGGAGAAUGCUGUCCAGUUUGCCCCGAUACCGAUACCUCUCCUGUUUACACAGGCAAUGAAGGUGUAGAGGGUCCUAAAGGAGAUCCAGGCCCAAGAGGAGAUAGGGGACUUCCUGGCCCAGCUGGCAGAAACUUCGCUCCUCAAUUGUCCUACGGUUAUGAUGAAAAAUCCGGUGGUGGUGGUAUGGCUGUUCCUGGCCCAAUGGGUCCAGCUGGUCCCCGUGGUCUUCCUGGUCCUCCUGGUAGCCCUGGCCCCCAAGGUUUCCAAGGUCCCCCUGGUGAACCCGGAGAGCCUGGUUCUGCUGGUCCAAUGGGUCCCCGUGGUCCUGCUGGCCCUCCUGGCAAGAACGGAGACGAUGGUGAAGCUGGAAAACCCGGCCGUCCUGGUGAACGUGGACCUCCUGGCGCACAGGGUGCCCGUGGUCUUCCAGGAACUGCUGGCCUGCCAGGCAUGAAGGGACACAGAGGUUUCAGUGGUCUUGAUGGUGCUAAGGGUGAUUCUGGUCCAGCUGGUCCCAAGGGUGAACCUGGCAGCCCUGGUGAGAAUGGUGCCCCUGGACAAGUAGGCCCACGUGGUCUUCCUGGUGAGAGAGGCCGCCCUGGUGCUUCUGGCCCUGCCGGUGCUCGUGGUAACGAUGGUGCUGCCGGUGCUGCUGGCCCCGCAGGUCCCACUGGUCCAGCUGGUCCCCCUGGCUUCCCUGGCGCUGUUGGCCCGAAGGGUGAAACUGGUCCCCAAGGUGCUCGCGGUGGUGAAGGCCCACAAGGAGCUCGUGGCGAACCUGGCCCAGCUGGUCCUGCUGGAGCUGCCGGUCCUUCUGGCAACCCUGGUUCUGAUGGUCAACCUGGUAGCAAGGGAGCCACUGGUGCUCCUGGUAUUGCUGGCGCUCCUGGCUUCCCUGGUGCCCGUGGCCCAGCCGGACCUCAGGGUCCCAGCGGCGCUCCUGGACCCAAGGGUAACAGCGGUGAACCUGGUGCUCCUGGAAACAAAGGUGAUGCUGGUGCCAAAGGCGAAUCUGGCCCCGCUGGUGUCCAAGGUCCCCCUGGGCCCCCUGGUGAAGAAGGCAAGAGGGGAUCCCGUGGUGAGCCUGGACCUGCUGGCUUGCCUGGACCUGCUGGCGAACGUGGUGCUCCCGGAGGCCGUGGUUUCCCUGGCUCAGAUGGCAUUGCUGGUCCCAAGGGUCCCCCUGGUGAACGUGGAUCUCCUGGCCCCGCUGGUCCCAAAGGAUCUACUGGUGAAGCUGGACGCCCUGGCGAACCUGGUCUCCCUGGAGCCAAGGGUCUGACUGGUAGUCCUGGCAGCCCUGGACCCGAUGGCAAGACUGGACCCACUGGCCCUGCUGGUCAAGAUGGACGCCCUGGACCUGCCGGUCCUCCAGGUGCAAGAGGUCAGGCUGGUGUGAUGGGAUUCCCUGGACCUAAAGGUGCUGCUGGUGAGCCUGGCAAACCUGGCGAGAGAGGUGCUCCUGGAUCUGUUGGCGCUGUUGGUCUUCCUGGUAAAGAUGGUGAAGCUGGUGCACAAGGACCUCCUGGCCCAAGUGGUCCUGCUGGAGAAAGAGGUGAACAAGGUCCAGGUGGAGCUCCCGGAUUCCAGGGUCUUCCCGGUCCCGCUGGUGCCCCUGGUGAAUCUGGAAAGCCUGGUGAACAGGGUCCCCCUGGUGACGUCGGUGCUCCCGGACCAUCCGGCGCAAGAGGCGAGAGAGGUUUCCCUGGUGAACGUGGUGUCCAAGGUCCCGCAGGCCCUCAGGGCCCUCGUGGUGGUAACGGUGCUCCUGGUAACGAUGGUGCUAAGGGUGAUGCCGGUGCUCCUGGUGCUCCUGGAAGCCAAGGUGCCCCUGGUCUCCAGGGUAUGCCCGGUGAACGUGGUGCUGCUGGACUUCCUGGUGCCAAGGGAGACAGAGGUGAUUCAGGUCCCAAAGGUACUGAUGGUGCUCCCGGCAAAGAUGGAGUUAGAGGACUGACUGGACCUAUUGGCCCACCUGGACCUGCUGGUUCUCCUGGCGAUAAGGGUGAAGCUGGCCCCUCUGGCCCUGCUGGCCCCACUGGUGCUCGUGGCGCUCCCGGAGAUCGUGGUGAACCAGGCCCUGCUGGACCCGCUGGAUUCGCUGGCCCCCCUGGUACUGAUGGACAACCUGGUGCUAAAGGUGAACCUGGUGAUGCUGGUGCUAAGGGUGAUGCUGGUUCCCCUGGUCCAUCUGGAGCCACCGGACCUCCCGGACCUGCUGGUGCUGUUGGUGCUCCUGGAGCCAAAGGUGCUCGUGGAAAUGCUGGACCUCCUGGUGCUACUGGAUUCCCCGGAGCUGCUGGAAGAGUAGGACCCCCUGGCCCAUCUGGUAACAUUGGUCUUCCCGGCCCACCAGGCCCUAGUGGAAAGGAAGGCUCCAAAGGACCCCGUGGUGAGACUGGACCUGCUGGCCGCCCUGGUGAGGCUGGACCUGCUGGCCCACCUGGACCUUCCGGUGAGAAGGGAUCUCCUGGUGCUGAUGGACCAGCUGGUGCACCUGGUACCCCUGGCCCACAAGGUAUUGCUGGAAACCGUGGUAUGGUGGGUCUUCCCGGACAAAGAGGCGAGAGAGGUUUCUCCGGUCUUCCUGGACCCUCUGGCGAACCUGGCAAACAAGGCCCAUCUGGAGCUUCUGGUGAACGCGGUCCUCCUGGCCCAGCAGGACCACCUGGAUUGGCCGGACCCCCUGGUGAAUCUGGACGUGAGGGUUCUCCUGGUGCAGAAGGUGCUCCUGGACGUGAUGGUGCUGCUGGUCCCAAGGGUGAUCGUGGUGAAUCUGGCCCUGCUGGUCCCCCUGGUGCUCCUGGUGCCCCUGGGGCUCCUGGCCCUGUUGGCCCUGCUGGCAAAAAUGGCGACCGUGGUGAGAGUGGUCCCGCUGGUCCUGCUGGUCCCGCCGGUCCUGCUGGAGCUCGUGGCCCUGCUGGAGCCCAAGGUGCUCGUGGUGACAAGGGUGAAACUGGUGAACAUGGUGACAGAGGCAUGAAGGGUCACAGAGGAUUCUCUGGUCUUCAGGGUCCCCCUGGUCCUCCUGGUUCUCCUGGUGAACAAGGUCCUUCUGGCGCUUCUGGCCCCGCUGGUCCUAGAGGUCCCUCUGGCUCUGCUGGUUCUCCUGGCAAAGAUGGUAUGAAUGGUCUCCCUGGUCCCAUUGGCCCACCUGGUCCCCGUGGUCGUACUGGUGACGCUGGCCCUGCUGGUCCUCCUGGACCUCCUGGCCCACCUGGUCCCCCAGGCCCACCUAGUGGUGGCUUUGAUUUCAGCUUCCUGCCCCAGCCUCCUCAGGAGAAAGCCCACGAUGGUGGCCGUUACUACAGAGCUGAUGAUGCCAAUGUGAUGCGUGACCGUGACCUGGAAGUUGACACCACCCUCAAGAGCCUGACCCAGCAGAUUGAGAACAUCCGUAGCCCUGAGGGAACCCGGAAGAACCCAGCCCGUACUUGCCGUGACCUGAAGAUGUGCCAUGGAGACUGGAAGAGCGGAGAAUACUGGAUUGACCCCAACCAAGGCUGCAACCUGGAUGCCAUCAAGGUCUACUGUAACAUGGAGACUGGAGAGACUUGUGUCUACCCAACUCAGAACACCAUCGCCCAGAAGAACUGGUACCUCAGCAAGAACCCCAAGGAGAAGAAACAUGUCUGGUUUGGCGAAGCAAUGACCGAUGGCUUCCAGUUCGAAUAUGGUGGUGAGGGAUCCAAUGAAGCUGAUGUUGCCAUCCAACUGACAUUCUUGCGCUUGAUGUCCACUGAAGCCUCCCAGAACAUCACCUACCACUGCAAGAACAGCGUGGCUUACAUGGACCAACAGACCGGCAACCUGAAGAAGGCUUUGCUCCUCCAAGGGUCCAACGAGAUUGAAAUCAGAGCAGAGGGCAACAGCCGCUUCACCUAUGGAGUCACUCAGGACGGUUGCACGAGUCACACCGGCAGCUGGGGACAGACAGUCAUUGAAUACAAGACAACAAAAACUUCCCGGUUGCCCAUCAUUGAUGUGGCUCCCAUGGACGUUGGUGCCCCAGACCAGGAAUUCGGCCUUGAGAUUGGACCAGUCUGCUUCUUGUAAACCCCAAAGGAAACCUGACAGUUUAAAAAAUAAAAUAAAAAACAGCCAAAAAAGAAGGAAAUUUCACAUGGACUUGAAUUUGUGUCUUUUUCUAUCCAUCAUCUCUAAAACUAUUUUCGUUUCCGUUAAAAAAAACAAAAAAGCAUUAAACCAAAAAAAUAAAAAUAAAUGACUUUUCAAAAAUAAUUAAGGAAGUGCAUCCACUUGCUUGACUUUUUUUUUUAAUUAAAAUCCCCAAAGACAGAAUGGUUUGAUUUUAUCUUUUUUAAAAACAAAAAAAUCAAGUAAUAUCUUGGGACCACUAUUUGCACAUUCCAAAAAUACAUAUAUAAAGACCACCAGAAAGAAAUCAGUCCAAAUCAAGCAACACCUGAAAUCCAACAACCCACGCUGAAAAAUCUGUUGUUUCCAGCAACCAGAACAAUGCUAAACUAGUGGUAGAAUCUGACCUUUAUAGCCCUAUUUAAAAAAUUCCCCCCUUAACCUGGAGUUGGGAAAAAAAUUCCCCAAAUCCCCACAGCCAGCUUUCUCUGCCGGUAACUUUAUAUAAGGAGUUGUUUUUGUUUUGUUUUUUAACAUGAAGCAAUACCACUGCAAAGAGUCUUUCAGCCAUUGGAAAUAUACGUGGUUUUUUCCUGGUUUGUUCAGUCGGCAAUAGAAAUUGAUUGAAGUCCAAAUACAGGUGUAGCAUUUUGUGGUUUCCAAAACAGGACCCUAUUUGGACAAAGAACAGGUAACAAAAAUGCCUGAUUCUCUGAGAGAGCUCAAAGAAAGUAUUUUGAAGCUAAAUAGGUAGGGAAAAAAUGUGUUUAUGAGCUACAAAUGUUUUGUCGAUGAACCAACUGAAGGGGGAAAAAAUGAGAAGUAAUACCAGUAAGCAGAGAAAAUGUAAUGUUAAAUGUAUAUUAUUGUUGUAUGGACGGCUACCUCACCAUUGUCAUAGUCAAGUACUUUGGGGUAGUUUGGGGGGUUUUUUUAAUGCUAGCACCAGGUUGCAUAGGGGGAAGGGCAACUGGUUUGGGUUCCAGGUUUUAGAUAAAGGUGCUAACUGUGUGUUUUAAUUUUUUUUUUCUUUUUAGUCUGCUAUGUUAAUAAUUUUCAGGUCCCAUGGAUUUUUUUUUUGUUUUUUGAGGUGAUGAAAAACCUACAGAGACCUCGCCCCUAGCGGAGGUUGCUAAGAGGGGCCGUGUGGUGCUAUAGUAUUGAGACUAUUGGGAAGGGGAAAGCAAAUUUGAUGCCUUGCUGCCCAAAGAGACUUGUGAAUUUUCAAAAGGUGCUAUUUCUUUUCUUUUUUUUAAA